AUGUACUUCAUCUAUCAUCAAUAUUGUUCGCACCGUCAUAGACUCGUUAUCACAGACAUCCAGUCUCGGGCCGCCUCGUUCUUUUUUUUACUGCUCAUUGAAGUGGCCGUCGCACCCGUGAAAGUCGUCGUCUCGAAUCCCACCCCAUUAGGUCCAAUGUUGAUCGCCUGUCCACUAUACACAUCCGUUGUGGGGUUCGCACCGGGCCUGAACGUGAAUGUCUUCACAAUUGAAGAGCUCUUCGUUCACGAAGCCGGCGGUAGUACGAACUACCCAACUGAAUUAGCAGCUGACGCACCACACGAGCGCUUCGAGUUGCCCGCUCCGCUUGGUCCCGCAGAACUAGACAGCGACUCAAGAACCUGGGAAGGAACGAUAGCAAACGGGACAGCCGAUUCCGCAGGCCUCUCCGCGUACGAGUGAGCAAGGAGGAAACUCGAACGCCAGCAAACAGCAGCAAUGAUGGAACUAUAGACGGCCCCAGUGCAGGAAAUAUAUCCUGUCGAGAAGAACGAAACGGAUGUCCUUCCGGUGGCUCAUUAUCGGUCGUCUGAUAUCGAACCCCCCGUGAGUCCCGUCUUCGGAGGAGCAUCUCCGACGAUCGACGUCGACCCGUCACCUGUGAGUCCUGGCUUCGUGUCUCCGCCCACCUCGCCGUUGGCUCCUCCUCCCGACCCCCCGCCCAGGUAUAGACGUAUCAAUCCCGUG